AUGCAAAUUGAUAAUGCCUUAUGUGACUUAAGAGCUAGUGUUAGAUUAAUGCCAUAUUCGAUUUAUCAAAGACUUGAGUUAGGGGAACUUAUGCCUUCCAAAAUCACUUUGCAAUUGGCCGAUAGGUCAAUUAAGAUUCCUAAGGGGAAGGUUGAGGAUGUUCCUUUUAGAGUAGGGAAGUUUGUGAUUCCGGUAGAUUUUGUGGUUCUUAAAAUGGAUGAAGAUGCUACCAUUCCCAUAAUUCUUGGUAGAUAUUUUCUUGCUACCUCAGGUGCUAUGAUUGAUGUUAAGAGUGCGAAAAUUUCACUCAAGGUAGGAGAAGAGGUCAUUGAAUUUGACUUGAAUGAAAGCAUGAAGUAUCCAUGUUCUUCUUUAGAAAAUUGCAUGUUGAUUGAUUCUCUUGAUCUUAUUGUAUCUUCCAUGCAUGAGCACUUGCUCACUUCUAACGAUCCUCUUGAGAAUGUCUUGAUGAACAAGGAUAAGAUAGGUGAUCCUAUAAAGGAAGAGGCAAUAUAUAUGAGAAUUUGCUUAAUGGAAGCAUUGAGGAAGUGGAUGAGCAUAUGUGCAUGA